AUAUGACGCGUGACAGCAGAUCCCAACCUUCUCUCAUCAAGCGGACUUGGCGUGUCACUGAAACCACUGCAUAAAGCCACGGCAGUCACUCGGGGAUUCUCUCUCUCUCCUCCUCACCCUUACUAAAUACACCACCAUCAUCCUCUCUCACCUCAACCUAGAGAGAGAGCAGAAAAGAAAAGCAGAAGCUGAAGAAGAAGCGCUUCUGAGGAGACAAGCCAGCAAUGAAUUUCUGAAAGUGAGAAACUGAUUUGCAUUUUUCGGUUGCCUGUCUGGGAUUAUUUUAUAUGAUAUUGGGUGCUAGAAUUUGUCGAAAGAUCAGAUUCCUCGUCUGUCUUGCGGUUGCUGAAAAUGAGUUGGAACCCACACAUGGAGGUUCAUUACACCUACACCAACUGUCCUUAUAGCUCAGCGGGUAGCUUUAUGGAGUAUUUUGAGGGUCUUACCUAUGAACAUGUGAACUUUAUUUUUUCAGGCGAUUCGCAUGCUCAGGAGAGUGCUUACCCAACAAUGAAUACAAAUUAUUACAAGUUUGGGUUGUCAGAACCUGGGAAUAUUACUUCAUGCUAUGAUCUUGGGUUUGGUCAUGCUUAUGAGAUCAAUGGUCCUGACCCAAGAACUGGGGAACAAAGAAGGCAUUUGCAGAGCGCUUCAACAAUGACUAAUGAACACAAUGUGGCUGUGAACUCAGAAUGGGAAGGAAAUGUGAAUACUUCUACACGCCACAAUCCCAGAGAAUGCCCACGGAGACAUCAAAAUUCCGAUGAUUACCAGGUUAUUUGGCAAGACAACAUUGAUCCUGACAUCAUGAGUUACGAGGAAUUACUUGAGUUAGGUGAGACAGUUGGCACUCAAAAUCGAGGUCUCUCCCAAGAUCAGAUCUCCUUGCUUCCAAUCUCGAAGUACAAAUGCAGCUUUUUCUCGAGAAAGAAAUCACGAGACGAGAGAUGUGUGAUUUGCCAGAUGGAAUAUAAACGAGGGGACCGGCGGAUUGCUCUACCGUGCAAACACCUCUAUCAUGCUGGUUGUGGGACCAGAUGGCUUAGCAUCAACAAGGCUUGCCCAAUAUGUUACACUGAGGUUUUUGGUGACGCGUCAAAGCGCGCAAAAUAGGAGGCCUGAUGUGCUUAAAGAGCCUCGAAAAAAAUUUCUUCAAAUUUGGUUAACAGAGGUGCAUGUUUGCUUCUUUUCCACGUUGUUUGUAGAAGCAUUGUCUUAGCUAUUUUAAUAAAUGAGAAUGUUACGAAGUGAAGGAUUCCGAUAAUUAGAUCGUGUUGCGGCUCUGUGAGGUGCAUGAUGUUUUCAAUGAGUUUUAUGCAUUUGUCAUAUAUAUUAGCUUCACAAAGUGCUUGUAAAUUCCAGAAUCGACUCGUAACAUCCGGUGAUUUGGUAAUGUUAAGCGAUUAAGGUGGAGCACAUAAAUGAUCCUGUAAAUAUGGAAGCUAGUUGCAGUAGGUAUAGUUUCCCUUUUAUUUCUGCAUGCUACAACUUUUCAUUUGUAUUGUGUUGGGCAGCAACAAUGUUUUGAGUUUUGCUCCAUAGAAUUGAAUGUUAUGCCAGGUAUAUGCCUA